AUGUUAGUUGUUACUUCAAAAGCUGAACUUAAUUCCGCUCUCAAGGAUCGUCGAAGUGGUAAAUAUAUCGGUCUAGUGCCGACAAUGGGCGCUCUUCAUGCUGGUCAUCUUAAAUUGGUUCGGGAGGCUCGUGAUGAAUGUGACACUGUCGUUGUGACCAUUUUUGUUAACCCGACACAAUUUGCUCCACAUGAAGAUUUUGACAAAUAUCCUCGAACUUUCAAUCGAGAUCGAGAACAACUGGACUCUAUUGGUGUUGACAUUUUGUUCGCUCCAAGUGUCGAUGUGAUUUACGCAAACGGUAAAGAUCAAUGUACCAAAGUGAUUCUACCCGAUGAAUAUACGAAAAUACUUUGCGGUAAAUCGAGGCCUCACUUUUUCGACGGAGUGGCCCAAGUUUGUAAUAUACUCUUUAAUCUGGUUAGACCUAAUUUCGCAUUUUUCGGGGAAAAAGACCGACAGCAGGUCACAAUUAUUCGUAAAAUGGUGAAAGAUCUUCACAUGAACAUCGAAAUCAUCGGUGUACCAACAGUUCGGGACUCGAAUGGCUUGGCACUUUCAUCUAGGAAUCAAUAUCUUUCCAGUGAACGAUUAACAUUAGCAUCUAAUCUGUUCAAGAUGAUGGAGAGAAUCGCAAUGGAAAUUAAAUCAGGAGAUCAUAAUUAUGCCAAAUUGUGUUCACAGGCAACCCAACAAUUAACAGCCGAUGGUUUUCAAGUUGAUUACUUUGAAAUUCGCAACCUUCAAGAUUUAUCGACCAAUCUGUCAAACGAUAUUUGUAUUUUCGCUGCCGCUUGGCUCGAUGGGACUCGAUUAAUUGACAACUACUCACUUCCGAGUUUCAAUGGACAUGAUAGUUGUGAUUGA